AUGCCUUCCAACGAUUCUCUGCUCCACGCCUCUGAUCUACUCAAACACUACGAAGAUUACGGCGUGGUGAUAUGCCGCACAUGUCAGUUUGCGGUUCAGCCGUCUGCACUCGCAAGCCAUCUGCUCAAACACCAGAUAUAUCGAGGCGAGCGCCGAAAAUUACUCUCACAGCUAUGCAAACUCCAACUGAAGGAUCCAAGUGAUGUUGUGGACCCCCCUUCCAGCUCAUCGCCCGUUCCUGAGCUCCCGGUAUACAAGGGACACAAAUGUUUGAUGCCGGGAUGCGAUCAUGUAUGUGCCAGUGUGAAGCGCAUGGCUCAGCACUGGAGUGACGUUCACGGUGAGCGGGAAUCACGAAACGUGCGAGCGAGAGACUGUUGGCUUCAGACAUUCUUCAGGGGCAACAAAAUCCGCUACUUCGAAGUGACUGCUCCGCUCGAGUCUCAUACAUCUGGGCCCGGGUUUGCGUCCCCGCCGGCGAGCAUAACAACCACAAACUCGGGCGGCCGUGGCGAAGAAACGGAAAUCAAUGGCAAUGGCAAUGGUAACCUCCAGCGUCAAUUAGAUUCUCCCCCGCCGUUGGACAUGGUCGCACUACGGUACCUUCACCACUUCACCACCGUCACGAGCUUGACACUGCCCAAAUCAGACAUUGAGACGACCUACCACUGGUCAAUAGUUGUUGUGCAAGAAGCYCUCAAGUUCCCAUUCCUGAUGUACGGUAUUCUUGGUCUGGCUGCCUUUCACCUUUCCAGGACCAGCUCUGAAGAUUCACUCGAGAAGCAACAACACCAARAAGCGUCGACCUUGUACCAGAAUUGCAGCUUGUCCGACUUCCGCGAUCUAACUCAACGUCCAGACUCAAGCAAUGCAGUGGCAUUGAUAGCCUAUGCUCGAGCUAUCAGCAUCCAGCGAUGCUGCCGCAUUCCGGACUGUGAGGAAGGCUACAACGAUCUAAGUCAGAUUGUCGAAUUUUUGCAUCUCAUGCGUGGCAGUAUCGAAACUUUGAUAUCACUGCAAAAGUUCCUCCCAGACGACAGCGAUUUCAAGCUUCCUAUCGAAGAGUUSGAGYACCUCGAUCWACACAAUGACCUUCCAGGAGAGGCUCCCACGAAUCCUUCGAAUAUCCCGCCUGACUUCCUUGCACGCCUCACUACCCUCCCUUUCCGGCUGUACGACCGAUUUGCCAAGACACCCCCAGACCCUUCCGAGCUGGAGACACCCAACGCCAAAGCUGCCUGGUCAGCUUGCGUGUCCCUCGUCACGGCUUUUGAACGCAUGUAUGCAUGUCCCAAAGUGGAGGAUCCUUCCGGAUAUUUCACAGGGUCCAGCGAYAGCGAUGAGAUAGCAUUAGUGUGGAGUGGAUUGAAUUAUUGGGCGCGCCACGUUCCAGAUCAGUUUUUGCGGAUGUUGGAGGAGAGAAAUCAACCCGCGUUGAUCAUCUUUGCGCAUUUCUGCAUACUGCCGAGGAAGUUUGGAGAUCGUUAUUGGUUCUGCCAGGGAGUUCCGGAAAGAUUCUUGGUGUGGAUCCUGGCUGUUCUGGAUGACGAUCUGAAGGGUUUCGUUGAGGAUCUGAUUUGA